AUGUACCAGCGGAGCCCGAAGGCGGCCCUGCGCGUGGGGGCCCGCUGCUCCUGGCGAUGGGACGGCGGCAGCAGCAGCAGCAGCCCGUUCCGCCUGGGCCAGGGCGAGUCGGCGCGCUGUUGCCACCCGGCGCGGUUGCGGCAGCGGAAGCUGUCAGAAGCUACCCCUCGCCAUCCGCCUCUGCCUCAACCUUCUGUAGAAAACUGUACUGUAAUCAAUUAUGGACUGAAAUUCAGCAGCCCGGAGACUAGGCCCCUUUUCCAGCCAACUGUCCCUUCCCCUCCUGAAAGCAUGGAAGAUGCCAUCAUUUUGGAGAACGGGAGGCAAGAGGAUAACUUAAGGGUACGACCUAGAGAAGGACUGGACAGUACUUCUUUAGACUCUUUGUAUAGUCUCUUUCAUGGCUGGCCGUUGCCAUCACCUUACCAGACGCCUGAGGCAGCACCCGCAUCCCUCGCGCCUUUCCGAGCCACAUCUGGGGCUCCCUCCCCGGUCACUUCUCCUACCAGUAAUAACCGCGACAUGGAGGAGCAUCUCGAAGUCAUGCAGCAGAAAUUACGGGAAGAGUUACCAGCCUUUUUUUCGAAGUCUCAUGAUUAUGCAAUGUAUUCCCAGGACGUAGAAUUCAUCAAUGAGAUUCUGCAUCUGAAAACACGUGGCCUAACGAUAUAUCAAAUGGCGGUUGUGUUGUGCCGUUUUGUGGCCUGGAACUAUUUUAUUCAUAUGCACCUAGAGGUGAUGAAGGUGACACAACAUCCGGAGAACUGGAGCAUCCAAGUGCGGUGGCGGAUUAGAGGACUGCCUUUCCACAUUUUCCUGAUGCGUUUCUUCAGGAAUAAACCUGAAUUUUACAGAAUUUACGAUGCCUAUUCCACUUUCUUCUUAAACCCGCAAGGUUUAAUUAAGUGUCACAGAGUAAGCAAGUUCAUGCCCUCCCAGCCACUUCAGAACAAGCUGAAAAACCUUGCCGUGGCCUCUUUGCUGGGCCUGGAGCUCUCAGACCAGAGGCCAUCCCUUUUGCCGUGGCUAGUUAACAGCAAGGGGCAUCAAGAGACUGUAGGGGAUAGUUAAGCCUUGCCCCUCUUGUCAAUACCUCUUUUGGUUCAUCUGCCUGUAUGGUAAGGAGGAUGCCACUGAACAACCCAUUGUAUAUCUGUGUUUCUUCUGUAUAGUGUGGAUGUUGCCCCAUGUUGGUGCUGUUAAUUGCACUAGUAAGUGCUGUAAAGAUGAUUGCAAUCUAAUAUUGUACAUAAUA